UUCUGAGUCUACCAAUCAAGAACGCUUAUACAUGUUGUAAGCUACUCCGACUUUCGUGAUGAUUCAUCGAAGACGAAAACAAUAUGGCGGACACAGCUGGUGAAAGUAGCGAAACAACAACUUUCACGACGAAGCCAGAUCAGACAUCACAAAAUAAUGACGAAUCACAGGCCUCGUUACUAGUCACAGCAGCAUUGGAUAGAGAAACCCAAGGACACACACAACAAGACUUUGAUGAUGACUCUCAAGAGCAAAUCAACCAUCCUUAUGAUGUUUCCGAGGAUGAUGGUGAUGAUGAUGAUGAAGAUGAUGACGACGCUAUGAUGGUUAUUGAGACGCCAGAAGGGCUCACUCUACUAGACCAUCCUUCAUACUAUUUCGUCCACGAUCAUGAAGCUCACUCAGUAGAGAAUGGUUCUGGUGACCCCAGCACCCCUGGUGAUAGUGGAAUGUCAGGCGAAAGAAGCAUAACAGAGGAACUGAUGCAUAACAUUCGCAGACAAUCUGUCGGCGAUCUCCCAGAGACAGUUACCAAGCUAGAGACCCCUGAGGGCUGUGUUGUUUAUGUUAUUGGAACUGCACACUUCAGCAAAGAGAGCCAAGAGGAUGUCGCUAAAACUAUACAAGCUGUGCAACCAGACAGAGUUCUUGUUGAGUUGUGCAAGAGCAGAAUAGAUAUAUUAAAAUAUGAUGAAGAAUUUCUUCUCAGAGAGGCAAAGAAUAUUGACAUGCAGAAGUUAAAACUGGCAAUUAAACAGAGUGGUGUCGUAGGCGGCAUCAUGCAAGUGCUGUUAUUGAGUAUGUCGGCACACAUCACCCAGCAGCUAGGUAUGGCGCCUGGAGGGGAAUUCCGGGCAGCAUACCGAGAGGCAAGGAAACUUGGAUGUCAGGUGCACCUAGGAGACCGACCUAUCCAGGUAACUUUGUCAAGAGCGAUGGCUGCACUCACAGUAUGGCAAAAGGUUAAACUUGCGUGGCACCUUCUUACCACUAAAGAACCAAUCAGCCCAGAAGAUGUUGAACGCUGCAAACAAAAAGACUUGCUGGCUGAGAUGUUAGCAGAGAUGACGGGAGACUUCCCACUGUUGUAUAAAGUGUUUGUGACAGAGAGAGACCAGUACCUUGCACGGUCACUAAGAUUAUCAGCUGUUCCAAAUAUACUUUCCAAUGAGAUCGGAGAGCCCCAAGGAAUUAUACCAAGCGUCACAGUCGGGGUUGUUGGAAUAGGGCAUGUCGCAGGGAUAGUAGAAAAUUUCCAUAAAUUUGAAGAGAUUGAUAUACAAGAGCUAAUGAGAAUUCCUGAGGCCACCCUGGCAAGUAAAGUCUUGAAGACGUCACUCAAAGCCGCUGUUGGCCUAACGGUCAGCGCAUUUGGAGUCUUCUUAGCCUGGGGUUGUUACAGAGUCAUCCGAUUCACGAACGUUACUUCUUAUAUGCCUGUAUUAUGGCGGAAAUAAUGACUCCAGAGACGUAGUCUAUGUACUAGAAAUAGCUAAUUUUCGGGGAGGGGAAGGCAGCUGAUAAACGCUGUGUACUAAUGGGUACGCUGUGUACUAGUGGGAACCCUGUGUAAUAGUGGGUACGCUGUGUACUAAUGGGUACGCUGUGUACUAGUGGGUACCCUGUGUAAUAUUGGGUACGCUGUGUACUAGUGGGUACGCUGCGUACUAAUGGGUACGCUGUGUACUAGUGGGUACGCUGUGUAGUAGUGGGUACGCUGUGUACUAGUGGAUACGCUGUGUACUAGUGGGUACGCUGUGUACUAGUGGGUGAGAUAAGGCACAUACCCUUGGUACACACCCCUGUUAUCAGGGAACUGGCGGAGGUUUUUUAGCCUUCAUAGCUAGAGGGGUGUGAGCCCCCUCGGCGUGAUAUCUUUGUCUGCUAAUGCCCCUCUGGUAACGCGCUGCGUGAUAUCUUUGUCUGCUAAUGCCCCUCUGGUAACGCCCUGAAUACCGGAUAGUAACAUUUUUAUGACAUAGAAACAACACAGGGAGCUCACCUCUACGGUUUGAAUAAAGUUAGAGUCGCUUCUUUAGCGUUGCGCUGUUGAUUAUUUUUCGUGCGUUUGUGCGUUUGUAUCUCUUGUCUACUUUUACGGCGCCCGGUGCUUUCUGGCGCUCUCUUAUUGGUUAGCGGUCUAACGGCCGUCUCGACUGCGGAAUGGCUUCCGUGCCACGGCAUACAUAGUAAAAAGGCUCAAAAGACUUUAUUCAGACUUUAACUUUAUUCAAACCGUAGAGGUGAGCUCCCUGUGGAAACAAUUCAGAAUUCUCUAUUCAACCAGGAAUAGUAUUAUUUGGAACUAAUUUUUAUGUAAAUCAAAAACCAACGAUUUUAGACAAUAUUUUAUUUCUCUUUUCCCUCACAAGGAAGACUUCUAAACUCUUUUCAUCCCUGAUUGAAAUAUAGAUAGUUAUUCCAUAUAAGCCCUCGUUUAUUUAUUAGCCAAAACUAGUGACAUUUGUUGAACCUAGGAACUGUUGCACAACAAAGAAAGCACAACAGUCUGAUUUAUUUGAACUAGACUAGGCACAUGGAGAUAUUUAUUGAGCUUAGAGAAUUAUAGUCUGCGUAGCAAUUUUGCAGUGACCCAGCGUGAAGUUUUACCGAGCAAAUUGUUUAAGGGACGGUGAAGAGUGCACCAAAUACGCAUAUCAUCAUUGUCUGAAAAUCUAUAAAAUUUGCAGUGAACUAGACGAUAAAGAGACAACGAUCAGAAGUUCAUUGUGUCACUCUUGCCCUUUAAUGCUUUUCGCUGAUACACUCCGAAACGCGUACAAUCAUUUCUCAGGAAAAAAUAUUUUGUGAAGUGUAUGAUUUCUUCAUGCAAAGUAAAGUUGGGGGAACCAAUAGGAAUAAUAAUGUGAUGAUGAUGAUGUGUAAACAUCAUGUAAAAACAAUUUCUUGAGUGAAAGACAUACGUGUGAAUGAGG